GACCCAUUAAAUCGUGAGGUGUACGUUAUUUAUUUAGCCUAAUUAUAUGUAAUAUUUUUUUCGCUUCAUUUUUAUAAUUAUCUCCAACCCCUUUAUGACUCGUUUCCAAAAUAAUGCGCUAUAUAUAGUAGGCAAUAACACACUAUUUGUAGGCUAUUUUUGUCAUAAAUGUGUGGCUGUGUCGGCGUCUUGUUUCUGAUAGGCCCUCAGCUGUUUAUCAGUCAAAGGAUUUUUAAUUGAUUUUGAGUAAUUAUUAUGUAAACCGGAGACUAUUUUGAGGGAUCUUCUCUCUUCUAUUAAGUGUAAUUCUAUGCGCGGCAGCCCUGUUGUCAUGGUGAAGAAUGCUGAAACAAGUGUUGAUACUUCAGCGUCAUCAGCCUUCAGGAAAAUCCUCCACAGAUAAACAAGACGCUACAUUAAAGCUUCAGAUGUGUGAGGGACCUUCAUCAAUAUCAGGACCAAUCCCCCCUGACCCAUCUCUGUUUCCUCAGUUCUACAAACGACCUGCUUCAGCACGUGGUCGAUUAGAGGGAAACCAUGAUGGGACUUUGGCCCUGCUCUCCGGGCCGCUUGCUCCAGAUCCUGUGUUGUAUCCUGGCUGCUACAGUGCUCGUACCCCAGCACACCGUCCCCGUAUCAGCCCUAAUGCCACCCAUAUUCUGGAACGUGGACAGAGGGGGGUAGUGGGGGAACUACUCAAAUUAGAGGGUGUUUCUUUCACCCCUGUUCCCAAACAGAAACAGCGGGUACAUGACUUUGGUAAAGAGAAUGUGCGUCGGCUCAGGGAGAUCCAAAGACGCUGCAAAGAGCAGGAUGCUGAGAGAGCACAGUCUCGUCAGGUUCCAGUCAAAGCUCUCUGGACCUCCUCCAAAUACCAGAACGUCCCAUCCAGGGUGAUGGUCCAGCUAGAGGUUUCUAGCCCAACUGCCAAACCACAGUGUCAAAACUUUCUGAAGGCCCACUCUACUGCCCCAAAAGGACCACGCUCCAAAAGCUCUCCUGUAGCUUUGCAACGCCCAGCAUCCUGCAACUCCAUACAGGACUUGCAAUUACAGGUGCAAGGCCAGGCUAUAGACUUCGUUAAACAUAAUGCCCGGUCUGCAGGAAAAACUUUGAUGCGUCGGUCCCAGUCACUGUCAAACCUUCAAGACAAACCUAUCCCCAGCGCAAUCAAGGGGCAGGUGCCUCAGUAUCUUGAGGAAAGGAAGGAGCAGUGGCUUAAAGAGGAGGAGGAGAGGAAGAGGAAUGCACCUGACCCCUCAGCUCCAGCUGGUCACACCCUGAUGCCUGAGAGUGAGAGACAGGAGACACUGAAGUCCCUCAAAGAGACCCAUCGCUCGCUGGUGACCGAGCUGCUGUCACUCCCUCUCAAAGCUGACAAUCUGAGCAUUCGCUCACGUCGGGGGCAUCUUGAUUGUCGGCUUUCUGAAAUCGAGGAAGCCAUUAAAAUAUUUUCCAGGGAUAAAGUUUAUGUAAAAAUAGAUUCCUAACACAUGAGGAAAGGAGGGGAGAAAAAGAAGAGGAGCAAAUGGUCCUGUAAAAUCACUGCUUAUUGAGAUUAAUUUUAUUUUUUGCAUUAUGUAACAUAAUGCUGAACCUUGUAAAAUAGACUAUUGUUUUAAGAAAAUGUUCUUUUUGUAAAUUAAAAAUGCAAUAUUAGAAACUGAAUACUGAACAUGCAGUUUUCUCUUGGGAGAAAUAAGUAGAUGCACUGUAAACUAAACAAUAAAAACCAGUAGCUCCUUAUUAUUGCA